AUGGCUAAAGUGUCGCAGUCCUCCAUUGCUCGCCUCGGCGGGUCAAAGGCUCCCGCCCGGAGCACACCUUCGCUGGCCGAGGGGAAUAAUGUUACUUCCAAUCGGGCUCGAACGCUUCUGCCUCAACGCAGUCAUCCCAUGCGUGACGAUGCGACUCGACUCCCACCGCCUGCACGGCGAGACACAUCACCCAAGAGACUGAUAAGUGAAGGGAAGGCUUCAUCCACGACGACUGGGGCCACACCUGCCCGUCGUCAGAGUCUCAUACGCCCUGGUACCCUGAAGGUAUCUUCCACCCGCAGCAAUGUAGCACCAACAAAGACAGCGCCCACCUUCACGCCGCCAUCCCCGCGCAAACCGAUGCGCUCGCCAACACAGCCCUCCGCCCGACCUCCUUCCCCGAAGAAGGAGAUGCCACCGCUCUCUCGUCCAACACGAUCAUCCUCACUAAGACAACCAGUGAGGACUGACACAUUACCGGCGAAAGGCCAUUUACGGCACCGGAGUCAGAUGAUCCCUCCAAACACAAAGCCAAUCCCAGACGCUCAGAAACCCCGUGCUGGCUUUUCAACCUAUCAGCAACAAAAUUCUCCGAAGAAACCGACAAAACCUCCCACCCCUACUCCCGGAGAUACAACAUCGAAUGGUCUCGUUCCGACAUCCUGGCCGGAUAUUGCAGCUUUGCAAACCGAGUUGCUUCAGUUGAGCUUAUUUCAUUCCGGUGCCCUGGAGGGACAUGCAGAAUGGAAAGCGGAGUCGGAAUCACAAUUACGGACAAAAUAUGAGGCCGUCGCGGAUCAAUACCGAUCUACGCAGAGAGAUGAGAAGAUGCGCCAAUCCAAGCUCAAUGUGCAAGCUCUGGGUUUCUGGCUACAGAAUUGUCGUGACCACGGCCAGCGUGACUUUGCGGAUCAGAUCCAAAUUCUGUCUCAAGUUUUGCAGGAGGUGACAGAUACCACUGUUGCAUCUGGACGAUACGCUCGCGUCGUAGCGACGUUUGAGGACUGGUUUGAUCGCGCAGAAAAGAUCCGGGGCCGUCGAGAGACGUCUAGAGCCCUCGAUGGGAUUGAUUUCAUCGACCCAUUGGACCGGGCUUGGAAAGACGAAGUUCAGGGCCUGCAGUCUAAGCUGGAGCUUUUUGCACGACAGCUUCAGACGCUGGAUAUCCUAGGCUUUGGGGAGGUUGAGCGCUUGGAGCAGUCGGCUCUUACUCGAGUGGCUCAGAGUCUUGUGGAAUUGAUCCAGGUCAUGAUGCAAGAAGUCCGCGCUAUGCGAACUGUUGAAGUUGAGAUCGUUCGUUCUGAACGGGAGACUGUGGGUCGACUCGCGACCCAGUUAACCACGAUUCGGACUGAGAUGAGAUCACGGGUUGGUAUUUGGAACGCUUAG